AUGCUCGGCAAGACGCUUGUGGAGGGCGGUACAAUUGCACCAAGUGGUGCAGAUGACGAUGAGAGACUAACGGAAUUGGGCGCGCCCUUCAACAUGAGCAUUUUGGCACCGCGAGGCCGCUUCGUUUACUACGCCGACGUCGACGAGGGCGAAUAUGCCCGCCCGCAAGCCGACAACUUCCGCAAAGGUUCGGGUGGUAUACCUGAUGGUGAAAUUCCAGUCGACCUGGGUGUCUUCAAGUCAGAACCUGCGCUCUGGAUUGGCUAUGCGUUCAAUUCCACAGUAAAGCUCGCAGAGGAUGACCCCCUCGCAAAGAACUGGACACAUCGCUAUGAUGCGCGAAUCAUGCGCUGCAUACAUAUGGAGACUAAGUAUACAGUCAGCUGGAACUUCACUGAACCCUUCUUCAAUUCCACGGUCAAGCUAGAACCGCAGAGGCCCGUUCUAGAUACUAGCUUCCCGCGGGGAGUCGACGGCAAGAUCAACUACACCCUCGAUCCGGGACCAGCGGAAAAUUACAUCAGCCCUCGGAGCGAUGUGGGCCUUUACAAGAAAACGGCGGCAUACCAUGCUGUUGGCGAUAUGUUCAGGGGCUUUCUUCGUGGGCACGUUGAUCUCGAACCGCCAUUACCCGGACCGUACUAUGCACAAGUCUAUUCCGAUGUCACAAAGACACGACUAGUCGAGAAGAACAGCGAGCCUAAGCAAAACCUAAAGGAUGAAAUCGAGACCUUCUACUCAGACAUGGUCCUGUCAUUGCUAUCCGCGCCAGAGAUGCUAGCAGUCGCCGAAGAACAGCUUACAGUGAACCGCUCGCGACUCCAAUCCUCAUUCGUCUACGUCCCUGAACGGCUUUGGCAAUGUUACGCACCGGUCGUCUUCAUCACACUCCUGAUUCUCCUCUUCGGCGCUUUCACAAUCUGGCAAGACGGGACGACAUUCUCGACUGGCUUUUCUCGCAUCCUUGUGACUACACGGAACACUACCUUGGAUGACAUCAGCCGCGGCGCAUGUUUGGGCAAUGACCCUUUUCCACUGGAGUUGAUGCACACUAGACUCAAGUUUGGUGUUCUUGCGAAUAGCAACGAUCCAGAGUACAUGAGGGAACAUGGGUAUCAGGGGAUUGGCGACUUCCAGAGCGUGAACCAUUGUGCUUUUGGCGUUGCUUCGGAAAUCGCACCUAUUGUUAGAGGUGCGCCGUAUGCGGGGUUAACAAAGCGACGGAACGGGCAAGUGCCGAUAAAGUCGGAGAUGGAGGAUGAAUAG